CAAGGUCACGGCGUGCUUGUCGUGUUUCAUCGCUCGGGAUUUUCUUUACUGAAGUCCUUGUUUGAUAACAUUUUCUUGUACUCUGAAAGUACUUGGAAGUGCCAAUAUACUCGGGAUCCAUUGUGUGCCUUCCUUUGUCACGACGCAGUCUCCGUGGAGUCUCCGGUCGACUUACGGCUUCCUACUCCCUGCAUACGCUGAAUACUCCUUUAACUGCACGAAACCGCGUGUGGUCACUGUGCUGCUGGAAAAAGUGCAUCAUCUUAUCAUAUUGAGUUCAAAUCAGUGCGUACGUUUUACUUGCGGUAUUAUCCGAUUUUGCCCUCGCUGUCUGCAUUGUAGGCCUUCGCAAGCCGGUCCUCAUCUUUUCGUUGUUCUUACCUUUUCUUCAUUGCUGUCAAGAUGGUUAGAAAAGUUGUGGGUGUGCCUUCGGGUCUUAAAACAGCUGAUUCAGUUUACCUAUGCGGCUUAGAGAGAUGCUGUAUACCUGUAACCGACUUGUCGGGUGGUAUGCAAUGCGAUCUUUGCGGUAGAUGGUUCCAUGAGGCAUGCACCGGUUUGCCUGCUGAUCAGUAUGCUCUCCUGGCAAGCAAUGAGAGGUUCCUUUAUAGCUGUGAAGAUUGUUUUAAGCUGAAAGCUGAGCGCUUUGUAACCACGAAAGACUGCUUCGAUUCGCUCGUUUCCAGACUGACAAAUAUGGAACGAGUGUUUUCUUUGCUGCUGACAACUUUGGAUGGGAAAGUUGAAGGUUUACUAGAUCGUCUGACACCAUCCGUUGUUCACGCCCAGGUGAAAUUAGCGGAUAGUAACACGCAAACGGAUUCAGUCGACUUAACACCCUAUCCAGCAACUGAUUGUGAGCUAGUUGGCGCUAAACAGUUGGAAAGAACCUUGCCAGCGAAACGUAAGCCGAGCAAGAAGAAGAAAACUGUAAACUUGCAAAAUGCGGUAGUCUCGGAGUGUACAGUGGAUCAGGUAAGCACGUCACUUGCAGAGCCUUCAGUACUGAGUCCUUCGGUGUCUCCUCCCAAAGACUCUUCGUACGCAGCUAGUGCAUCCAAGCAACCAGCCACCCAGCCGCAUGAUUCUAUGACUGUGGCGCGUGGAGUAGGCACCCCCCGCCGCAGUGACUCCUACACUGAUAGCAGUGUCAUCUUUAGGAAUGUCACGGAGUCCACCGCAGCUCUUCCAAAGGAGCGAAUGCUUGCGGACCUGCAAUGGUUUAAGAUUUGCAUUUCUAAACUGCUACCGCCCGGGUUUCCUGGCGUAACUGUACGGAAACUCAUUAGGCUUGGGUCUGUGCCGGUCGAUGCUUCGGGCGUCAAACCCCGUUUACUGAGAGUGGUUCUUUCAACACCGGACGAGCGUAAUACGCUUCUGCGUUUCGCUUUUAAACUCAAGGGUUCUGGGGUCAGUAUUCAACCUGACCUCCCAUUGACUGAUAGGUUGAAAUUGAAGGCCGCCAUAAAGGACCUCAAAGCCCGUCGCGAGGCGGGUGAAACUGGUCUUCGAUUGGUGGGUUUUCGGGUGGUGAGCCGGAGGUCUACUUCCGCCCUUUCAGAGCCCGUUCUGGUGGCACCCGAUCCCCGGCUCACGAUCCCAAUUUGCUUAAAGUAGUCCUCAGCAACGUGCGUAGUCUGAGGAACAAGAUGUGCGAGAUUGGCACUCUUGUAGAAAGUUCCCGGCCAGACGUACUCGCUUUCACUGAGACGUGGCUGUUCUCCGAUAUCCUGGACAGUGAAAUGUGUUUGCCUGGUUAUACCCUUCUGCGAGCUGAUCGCGCCUCAUGCUGUCGCGGAGGUGGAGUUGCUUUGUACGUCAAAUCCACCUUGACUAUUUCACGAACAUAUUCUUUCAGUUCCCCUGAUGUAACUGCCGAGGCGCUUGCGGUAGAUGUUUGCGCUUCUUUCACGCAAUUCAAAAUUGUGUUAGUAUACAGAAGCCCCGAAAGUACGUCAAGCAGGCUCAUUGAUUUCAUUCGUACUCAUACGACAAAUAGAUGUCUUGUUAUGGGUGAUUUUAAUGUUCCUGAGGUGGAUUGGCGCAAUUUCUGCACUGCGGCGACUGGACGUUUUUCUAAUGAUCUCCUUGACCUAUCCUUACAAGCAUCCCUUCAUCAGUUUGUACAAAGCCCAACUAGGUUCAUGGAGGGCCAAAAGCCUUCCAUUUUAGACCUCAUCUUUGCGAAAUCGCUGGACUUUGUACGAGAUGUAGUGUAUGCUGCUCCCUUGGGCUCUAGUGAUCACGUCUGCCUCUUAUUCAAAUGCGCCUUAAGUCGGGGACGUGAAGAGUGUAUGGUCAGAAGGCCAAAUAUCUGGCGCGCUGAUUUUCAAGCCAUCAGGGACAAGGCUGCAAAUCAACCCUGUAUCAUGUCAGAGGAUGACACCGUCCAGGUUGCUUGGGACAAGUUCAAGUCCUUUCUUUGCGAGAUUUCCCUCCCCCACAUUCCAAUCUCAGCGAGGAAUAAAGUAGGGGCAAAGCCCCCUUGGUUUGACUCUGAGGCGCGCAGGAUGCUCAGUAGGCGAUCCAGGUGUUGGAGGACUUACGUAUCAGCUCCCUCAGAAAGUACCCAUCAUCGCUACCGAAGCGUGCGAAAUGCAUGUAAACAACAUCUGCGGGCCGCACGCUUGAGAUAUGAACUAGCGCUAGCUCGAUCUGCAUCAACAAACCCGAAACGGUUCUUUGGCUAUGUCAAACGGAGAUGCAAUGCAAAUCCGCCUAUCCCUGUGCUCUUUGGACCUGACGGCACUGAAGUAUCAACCGAUCAGGCCAAGGCCUGCUUACUUGCAGAACAGUAUGCUAGGUCGUUUGUUCAUGAAUCUCCAUUGCCUAAUAUCCAAUUGCAAGCAAAGAUACCCUUAGACUCCUUUCUGAUGGACCUUUCCAUCUCGGAAGCUCAGGUACUCAAGCUCCUGCGUGACCUAAAUCCCACAAAAGCUGCCGGGAUAGAUGCCCUCCAUCCCAAACUUUUGUACGAGCUGGCUGGGUUGCUGUGUAAACCGAUUAAGUGUAUCUUUGAGAAGUCUCUUCGUAGCUGCUCCCUACCUGCUGACUGGAGAGAUGCUAUCGUGUGCCCUAUUUUCAAAAAGGGUGAUAGGCACUUACCUGAAAAUUAUAGACCGGUUAGCCUAACAAGCGUACUGGUGAAAGUAUUAGAGAAGCUUGUAAGAGAUGCUCUGGAAAAGCACUUAGCUAAGUUCAGUUUGCUCAACCCGUCUCAACAUGGUUUCCGCAGAGGCCACUCCUGUUUGACUAACAUGUUGGUAGCCCGAGAGUGCUGGGCUGAGGCUGUGGACCAAGGACAGGCAGCGGAUGUGUUGUUCAUCGACUUUUCUAAAGCCUUUGACACCGUACCGCAUUGCCGUCUUUUGUUUAAACUAGAAUCCUACGGCGUUUCAGGCCAAGUAUUGAAGUGGAUUUCGGCUUUCCUGGAAGGAAGGCAGAUGAGCGUCCGAGUGGGUUCCGGGCUGUCUUUCAGACAAGCCGUUCUGAGUGGUGUUCCUCAGGGGUCGGUUCUCGGACCUCUACUGUUUACAUUGUAUGUCAAUGACCUCCCUGAGAAGCUUAAGGUACCAUCCCUUAUGUUUGCGGAUGACUUAAAAUUUUGGAAUACAGUGAGCGAUUCUGUUGGGCCCACGGCUUUACAGACAGCUCUGGACAAGCUUUGGGAGUGGUCAGAAUUGUGGCAGCUGCCAGUCAAUCUUGCAAAGUGUUCGGUCCUGCGCAUAGGAUCAAGCACUCCCACAACUUCUUACGUACUUGGCGGAAAUGUAUUGCGUCAAGUGACUGAACAAACUGACUUGGGUAUCUCUUUAUCCUCUGACUUCAAAUCCAGCGAGAACUGGACAAAUGCUACCCGUAAGGGUUUCCGAAUGCUGUGGAUGAUCCGCAGGUCAUUCGGCAUUAUAACAAAUGAAAUGUUCGUUAUAUUGUUCUCAGCCUUCGUCAGGCCAUACUUGGAGUACUGCGUGCAGGCCUGUCCUCCAUGCUUGGUACGCGAUAAGAUGACACUUGAACGAGUUCUGAGGGUUGGUACGAAAAUGGUACAAGGAUUGAGGCAUCUCUCAUAUCCCGAUAGGCUGCUCAGGUUGCAGAUGUUUUCGCUGCACUAUAGGCGCCUUCGGGGAGACCUGAUUCUUACGUACCGUAUAUUGACCAACAAGAUUGGGCCUGAUCUAACUGGACUGUUCCAGCCGGCUCAGAUGUCAUCUCUUCGUGGUCACCCUCUGAAGUUGCAUAAGCCUAGAUCUGAUCACGUUAGAGCUGACGUUCGGUUGUCACGCAGGGUCAUCGACUCAUGGAACGCACUACCCAGCGAAGUAGUGUUAGCACCAACGGUGAAGGAGUUUGAACAUCGACUCGACGCCCUUGGGUUACAGUUUCAGACCUUUCCGUUUAGUUCUUAACUUCUACAUCUAUUUCCUUGGCUUCUCACAUCUAUUACUAUUAUUGUCUUAACCACACAUUCUCUCCUGUACUACAAUUACCAUUAUUUUGUUUUUGUUGGUUCCCUUCUCUUAACCUUUAUUCUAUUCACGUGGCCGGUACAGUGGGGACUGCUAGUGCAGGCCGCGUGGGCAUUGAUUGGUUGACCGUUAUGUGAUUCGUGUGUAUUGAUUUGGCUCCUCUCGGCUCCAAACCGCUCCCGCGAACUCCAUCCUGGUUCAACGACGCAUUGAAGAAGGAACACACAUGGGAAUUCUCCUACCGUUCCUGUCCAAAUUGAACUUGAACUUGAACUUG